AUGUCGUCCGCUGUAGCCUCCAGAAACGUCGUGCGGCGCCUCAUCAACGCCACGCAGCACUCAGCCUGCCCUUGCCACGGCUGCCGGGCCGGCGGCGCACACAACCCCAUCCAGGCUCUACAGCAGAUGCGCAAGUACGCGACCCCCGUCGAGGCUCUCCCUGUCGAGAAGGAGUAUGCGUUCGAGGUGGCUGCGGCCAACCUCCGCUUUGGUGAAGGCGUCACCCGCGAGGUCGGCAUGGACUUCAAGAACAUGGGUGCGCGCAAGGUUGCCGUGUUCACAGACCCCAACGUCGCGAAGCUUCCCCCGCAAAGAUGGUACGCCAUCUCGUCUCUCGAAGCGCAGGAAGACUUGCCGUUCGAGGUGUACGACCGCGUGGUCGCGGAGCCCACGGAAGAGAGCUGGCGCGACGCCAUCGCCUGGGCGAGAAAGCACGACUGCAGCCACUACCUCGCCGUCGGAGGUGGGAGCGUCAUGGACACUGCCAAGGCAGCGAACCUAUUCGCGGUCUACAAGGAUGCAGACUUGUUCGAUUUCAUCAACGCGCCAGUGGGGAAGGGGCUGCCUAUCAAAGAAAAGCUCCGGCCUCUGAUCGCAGUGCCCACGACUGCGGGGACGGGUUCGGAGACGACAGGAACUGCCAUUCUUGACAUCACCUCAAUGGCCUUCAAGACCGGCAUCGCCAACCGAGCCAUGAAACCCAUGCUCGGUAUCGUGGACACCCUCAACACCCGCACAUGUUCUCGAGAACUACACAUUAGCGCGGGUCUUGACGUCUUGUUCCACAGUCUGGAGAGCUACACGGCAAUCCCAUACAACGAGCGUACGCCUCGUCCUGCCAACCCUAUUCUGCGACCUGCCUAUCAAGGUAGCAACCCGGUCGCUGACAUCUUCUCGAUGUGGGCUCUUCGAACCACCGUCCAGCACUUGCCUCGGAUCUCCAAGGAUCCGGGUAACUUUGAGUCGCUCUCCCAAAUGAUGCUGGCUGCUUCCUUCGCUGGUAUCGGAUUCGGGAAUGCUGGCGUGCACUUGUGCCAUGGUAUCAGCUACCCUAUCUCGGGCCUUAACAAGAAGGGACCCAAGUUCAAAUACUCGGGCUACAAUGUCGACCAUCCGAUUAUCCCUCACGGUGUCACUGUCGCCCUUCCCGCUCCAGCCGUCUUCCAGUUCACCGCCCCCUCGUCUCCCGACCGGCACCGCGAAGCCCUCGCCAUCUUCCAAGGCGUCGGCACGUUCGACUCGUCGAUCACCGCCAUCCCCGACCGCGAUAUCGGCGCGCACCUCUUCGAAGCCAUCGCCCGCUUCCUCGACAAUCUCGGCGUCCCGCGUGGGCUCAAGGCGGUCGGGUACUCGCGCGCGGACAUCCCUGCCCUCGUCGACGGCACGAUUCCACAACGGCGCGUGCUCGACCUUGCGCCCGGCAUCGGAGACAUCGUGGGUGAGGACGGGAGGGAGCAUUUGACACGCAUUGUGGAGAACUCGUUCGAGUACUGA